AUGAUGAUGAUGAUUCGCCGUGUGAUGUGUGUGUUGGCCGUUGUGUUGUGCUGCGCCUGUGGAAGUACUGUGACCUCUGCUGCUACUAAUGGACAGCCAAAGGCGGUGACUGCUUCGGGCCAGGAGAAUAGUGAAGAUGACGUAUUCGUUUUUCAUGAUAAAGCUAACUUACCUAAAGGGUAUAAUUGGAACACUGAUUGGCAUUGGAAUGUAACUCUACAAGAACAGAAGGUGCGAGCGGUGUGUAAGGAGAAUGCUUCUGCUGUUAUUGCUGGAAAAAAUUGUUCGGAGUGGUUAAAAUCUCUGGAUAAACCUUCAUCAACAAUUUCGGGUGAAGAUAGUCACCCCGGUGGAGGAAGCGGUGAUGGCUCUGAAUUACAAGAUGCUCACGUGAAGGAAGGAAGUCAAGAACGUGGACCAGAAUCAUCAGAAGAUCCUGAUGGUGCUCCUGAAGUUAAAGGAAAGAAACCAGGAACAGAAAGUAGAGCAACAGGAACAGUUACCAGCACGCCAAUCCAUACUCCGGGGACUCCUGCAGGUACACAAGGUGAUCAAGUAGAAUCGAGCAGCACAGGGGAUAACGGUACACCUGCCGACUCUAAUCCUAACCAGCGAUCUCGUGCAAAUGUUGAUGGGCCUGCUGCACCAGAAUCACAAGAAACCAAUUCAACUACUCAGCCAAGCACUGAGAACACCACCACAGAAGCACCAACUCCCACUCCAUCAUCUGUACCCAACGCAGAGAUCAACAACAUCACUUCCAAUGUAGAGAACAAGGCCAAUGUUGACAGCAGUAUCAGUCCUGUGUGGAUGCGCACUGCAGCACCGCUGCUGAUUGUAGCUGUGUUGGUCUCCGUUGCCGUGUACUGA